AUGAGUGUUCACGAAAAUACUUGCCCUGCCCCUGGCAAGGCUGAGUGCACGGGCAUAGCAGUAACAGCCUAUCUGGACAAUCUGUUGCUUAUAGAUCAGUCCGCUGCACGCUUGGACCACAAUGUGCACAGCACAGAUGAGUACUUAGAAUCUGCAGUCUACGGAGGAAGAGAGUUUACACUCUCUAGAUGUUCUCAGACUGUGGGGGACGGUGCCGUCCUUCCAACGGAUAAGAGCUUUUCAUGUACUGAGUGCGGGAAGUGUUUCCAUUCUAAAUCUGAACUUAAUGUCCAUAAAAGAUCUCAUACAGGGAAGAAGCUAUUUUCCUGUCCUGAGUGUGGGAAAUGUUUUUCAGAUAAGUCCAAUCUUUACAGACAUCAGAAAUCUCACACGGGGGAAAAACUGUAUUCCUGUUCUGGCUGUGGAAAAUGUUUUGCACGAAAAUCAGCACUUGUCACACAUCAGAGAUCUCACACGGGGGAAAAGCCAUAUUCUUGUCCAGAGUGUGAGAAAUGUUUUUCACAGAUGUCCGGUCUUUACAAACACCAGAGAUCUCACACAGGUGAGAAGCCAUAUUCCUGUCCUGAGUGCAGAAAAUGUUUUUCACAAAAGUCCAGUCUUCAAAUACAUCAGAGGCUUCACACAGGUGAGAAGCCGUAUGCCUGUCCUGAGUGCGGGAAAUGCUUUUCAGAGAAGUCUAGGCUUUACAGACAUCGUGCAUUGCACACAGGGGAAAAGCCGUAUUCCUGUUCUGAUUGCAGGAAAUGUUUUGCACACAAAUCGGAGCUUGUUGCACAUCAGAGAUCUCACAAGGAGGUGAAGUCGUAUUCCUGUCCUGAGUGUGGGAAAUGUUUUGCAAGAAAAUCAGAACUUGUCACGCAUCAGAUGUAUCAUGCAGGGGAAAAGCCACACUCCUGUUCCACAUGCGGAAAAUGUUUUGUACAAAAAUCAGUACUUGUAACACAUCAAAGGUCUCACACGGGGGAGAAGCCGUAUUCCUGUCCUGAGUGCGGGAAAUGUUUUUCAAUGAAGUCCCAUCUUUGCAGACAUCUGAGAUCUCACACGGGGGAGAAGCCGUAUUUCUGUUCUGAGUGUGGGAAAUGUUUUGUAGAAAAAUCAGAGCUUGUCACACAUCAGAGGUCUCACACAGGGGAGAAGCCAUAUUCCUGUACUGAGUGCGGAAAAUGUUUUUCACAGAAGACCAAUCUUUACACACAUCAGAGAUCUCACACAGGGGAGAAGCCAUUUUCUUGUCAUGUGUGUGGAAAAUAUUUUUCAGUGAAGUCCAAUCUUACCAGACAUAAGAGAUUGCACAGAGGGGAGAAGCCACUUUCCUGUCCUGAGUGAGGGAAUUGUUCCUCAGUGAAGUCCUGUCUUCCUGUACAUUGGGUAUCCCA